AUGGCGUCGUCAAGCUCACGCUCGUCAGGGUGGUCCGCAUCGUCGAGAGGAAGAGGAGGCGGGGAGAUGGAGAGGUUUAGGGCGCCGGUGCCGUACCGAGUAGGUCCGUAUGACUACUCCCCAGCGGUGAAGUGCCGCUGCAAUAGGAAGGCGCCUUGCUGGACAUCUUGGAGCGACGACAACCUGGGCCGGAGGUACUACAGAUGCCCUUCAGGAUUGAAACCCGGGGAUUGCGGCUAUUAUGUGUGGAUGGAUCGUGAGGCCACACAGUAUGAGCGGAUUUUGAUGUGUGACCUUCGUGAUGCUGUUUGGCAGCUGAGGAGGGAGAAAGAAGAGGAGCAGCAGCAUGUUCAGAGGAUUCAGGAGGAAAAUGGAGAGCUCAGGCAAAUGAUAGUGCAACUAGAAAAGAAGAAGGAUGAAUUCAAUAAGAAGAUGGAGGAAAAGGAGCAAAGUGACUUGAAGGAGAAGAGCAUCUUCAGUUGUUUUAGUAGGUGCAUUGUAGUUUUUACUUUGUUAGGGCUGUUGUUUGUACUGAAGUACUCAUCAUUAUGA